GUUAUGGUAAAAAGUUAUUCAUUUACAGCUAAAAGGCUAUGAAGCUAUAUAGCAAAGCUCAACGCAUGAGGUGAAUGCUCUAUUGUAUAAACUCGUGUUUUUUGUUGAUUAAUCAUGUACCGGGAACAUUUAUUAUAAUUAUAUUAAUUAUCUACUAUAGUUCACAAAAUAAAUCCGCAAAAUUUACAGUAGACUCUCACUAUUCCACCUCGAUAUAUACCAGCCAUUAGUUUGGCAUGGAUUGCUAGCAUGUUUACUGCAUAAACUAUCCCUGAAAUGUGCGGCCACUCGCUAUUCUGUAUACUGGUACUGGCUGCCCCAAACUAGGUUUAAUGUACGUUUAUUACGGUCGGAUAUGACGUUUUGGGCGUGGUUAGGCAAAUAAUAGAGAGCAUAAUGAAUAAUUAUCCUCGAGACAGAGCCGCAUUGGCAAAAUUAGUCAUUAGAUUCGAGGUAGGGUCAUUUUUAGCUGCGGCUAUUUUCUGAAAUGCGGCCGCCUCGCUAUUCCAGCCAAACUAGACUGUGUCCCAAGGGUGAUCGGAUUAACGAGAGCCUAUACUGUAUACCCUCGAAGCCCAUAAAUAGAGAGAAGAUAAUCAACUAUAUACGUGGAUUAUGUUUUGUAAGUGGCUAUGACCGCAUUGCCAUAUAAUAUGUAGAGUGAGAAGUACACUAAGUGGUUGAAUCCGUUAUAUGUAAUACAGUGCAGUGUUUUGCAAGCACUCAGUCGCUUUCUAUAUAAGGAAUACGAAACGUAAACCUCGAGUAUAUACACUGAAGCUAGACAUUAUUUAUGGGCUCCUGACGCUAUAUAUUUAGUACUAGAUCUAUACAGCUAGUACUUGUUGUAAUCACAUGAUGAUCUCCAGCCAAUCAGCUUAGCUAAAAGUAGUCACAUGACCGUGACUAUGAGGUGGUGGGUUUGGGGAGAUUAAUAGAACAAGAGCAAAUUGUUAUAGUGAGUAUAUAUAAUGGUUAGAGUAAUAAAACACUAACCUUAAGCUAUAAGGUCUCAGACUUGCCUUGAAAACCAACUUCUGCAUAUAGAAACCAGCAUAGAAACCACUUACGGCAUAGAUACGAGAAAAAAUAUAUAAUUUGGUAGUUUUAUUCUGUUUUUGGUGGCUGGAUUUACAAUAUUGUAUAGUCAGUGCAUCGAAACCAUGCAUAUGCUGUCUAGUAAAUUUACCACAGGAACCAUAAGUGUCUCGAUCAUUCAUGUGUCACUAUGAUUUAAAGUAUUAAAGUGUCACUAUGAUUUAAAGUAUUGCGUGGAGGGUGCAUGGGCUCUGGUCUCAAAAAGGUCACUUUGCACCAGUGCAACAUGCCAAUAUAUUGGCACUACAAUAUUCCUUUGAUCUCAGAGGUCAAAAGACAACAAAGCUGUUUAAGGUUAGUGUUUUAUUACUCUAACCAUUAUAUAUACUCUUUGCUGCAUGUUGUUCUAUUAAUCCCUCCAAACCCACCACCUCAUGUUUUCAUGGACAUUUUUUGGGAUAUGUUGUAGCAGGAGCCCAUAUAUAAUAAGAGAAGGAGCGGCUGAUACGGGGAUCACAUUUUGUAAGUGGUUAUGACAACAUUUCCAUAUAUGCAGAGUCACUGAGUGGUUGAAUCCCUACACGUGUUAUAUGCAAUACAGGGCUUCCCUGAGUGAAAUGCGGCCUGGGAUCAAGGCUAAACUGCUACAGAAUGCAUGCAGGGAGGGUGUGUGUGCAUGAUCUACAUGUACAUAGACGUCUAUACAUUAUUUGGCUUCAUUGACAUGCAGUGAGUUCUAGAAAGAUAUAUAGAAAAGCUACAGAAGAAGCAGUAUAGUUAAAUGGCUUUUACAAUACAUGACAUGACUCUUAUUAAGAUACUGUUUCAAAUCAGUGUGCUAUUAUUAGCACUACAGAGAGGGACAUCAACAGAUAGUUGUCUCCCUGAAGAUCUGGAUAAAAUAAGACUGACUGGUCCAAGAAACAUAAAAAAUGAGGGAGCUGUUCAAUUGUGCAUCCGUGGUGACAGUAUUCUAAGAGAUGAAUAUCUCUGGUACUACAUUCAGGAUAAUAGCUGGACAAAUAAUCUCGAAGCAGCAAACUUAGCUUGUAGAGAACUAGGUCUGAGUUACACUGCAGGUGUCAUAGCGAGCGCAGUCCAGCUAACGGAAGCUGCUGAGACAUUAACAGAAGAAAUUGAUUGUAAUAGUGGUGAUUUGCAUUUAAGAGACUGUUUACCUGGUAUGUUAGACACAAAUGGCAGGAGGGGAGUUGCUGGACUGACUUGCAACUGCAUAGAAGGAUCCCUAAGACUGGUAGAUGGCUCCAGCUACAAUGAAGGACGAGUGGAGGUGUGCUCUAAUGGUCGCUGGGGUACAGUGUGUGGUGAUGGAUGGACAGAGAGAGAAGUUAGUUUGGUGUGCACUAGACUGGGAUUUUCAACUCUAAACGCCACUUUCAGCAACUUUGGAGAGGGUAGUGGUCCAUUGUACAAUAUUACCUGUCCAAGUACGGGAAGUGAUGACCAGGAAUGUGUACCAAUAAUAACAUCUGCUCCAUCAAGAUGCAACCACUCAAUGGAUGUUGGAGUGAGAUGUCUUCCUUUCACCGAUGCUUGUGAAGUUCCCUCUCAGGGAGUGAGCAGUACCACCCGGAGUACAGUCAUGAGUACUAGUGGGACAUUAGAAGCACUCAUUGGUCUAUUGGCAGCUACUCUAGUGGUUCUAGUGGUUGUUGUCGCUGGAUGGAUUGUGUCGUGUGUUUACUUUCAGCAGAAAAUAAACAAGCACCACACCCACUCUACACCCGUCUCUACUAACAACCCAACCCUCCAACACACACCACACAAUGAGGGAGACCAGGCUCUGUUCGAUACAAUCAAUGACAACCUGGAGAACAGUGACUUUGUGCAGUGCGUUCAAAACAAAAGCUAUUCACUUGUCGGACAAAGGAAUUAAAGGACACCCAAUGUGUACAGUUAAACAGAAGUCCAGUAUAUACUGUUGAAAAUUAGGUAGUUUGCUUUUGUGAGUACCACUAAUAAUUAAUAAUUAGAAGACUACAUGCAUGCAUGUGCUAAGAGUUAGUAUACACUUGCUUUUUCUAUAUACGCCAGCCAAUAAAUAAAAUUAUGGACAAAACGGUUUGACCGGCAACAAUUAGACUAGGGCCAUAUAAUACCCAGCACAAGUGACAGGGAUCUUACAAACAUGCAUGCACAUAUGCAAUGGAUUACGAUAAACUCGACAAGCAGAGAUAACGAUGAAGUGGCCGGCAUGCAUAUCGAGGAGACUUUAAGACAUUAAUUUAACUAAAGGACGCAAAUCAUAAGGCAACUCCAAUUAAGCCAUGCAUGCAUGCAUUAUAUUUUAGUCACUUCAGCCAGGAGUAUGGGGCGGGCUGGGUAUUAAGACUACAAGACCACAAGUUAAUUAGGGACUACAAUUUUAGACAAAACAUCAAUAAUGUUGUGCAAUGUUGUGCAUUGCAAGCAUCGUGUGAGAAAUACAGUGAGCAAAUACAGACUCGCUAAUCUGGCUCUCUGAAUUACAGUCACCUCGGAUUGCUAGCUAGAACAUUACUACACAAAACUUGCCCUGAAAUGCAGCCACCUAGCUAUUCCGUAUAAUUAUACUGGUCAGUUUUGACGGCAUAAAACAAUAUUGAUGUACUUUUACACGUAUAAUACGGCCAGGUCGUAUGAGGUUAAUUAUGGAUGUGAAUUGGCAAAUGAAAUUGGAUAACGAUUCGUUAUCUCAUGCAAGAUAAUCAUCAGUCAUGCAUGCAUUAAGAAUAUAUAGGACUGCCGCAGGCACUUUCUACAUUGCAGCCACAAUCGCUAUAUUACGGCCAAACUGCACUGUCACCCUAAGGCGACCGGAUUAACUUCCCUGAGUGAAGUGCGGCCUGGGAUCGAGGCUAAUUUAACACAGAUCAAAUAAUGCUAAGUCAUAUAAAAUUUACGGGAAUAAACAAGAGCGGGCGGAGUGACCAGAAACUAUGGUAGCUUGGAGUGGCUUAGUGCACAUUAUAGGCAUCACUAUCAUUGUAUUGGUCGUUUUAAUUUUCUCUUGCAACACAAACUGAAAGUAGAUCACAGGAAUAUGCUUCGAAGGAGGCAUAUACAGUGUAUUGGACGAUGCUGGGAGGUCAGGUGACAUAGUUACAUGGCUGAGACAAACACCACCCCCUUCGCUCUAACGUCACUCAACUGAGCAACAGUGGAAUUAACACAAGACACUAUAAUAAUCUACAAGCAAACCAACAGACAGUUUAUUAUACCAUCAGUAUAUAUAUAUAUAUACAACUCGAUGCCUGCACAGAAUGCAGGGAGGUGUGUGUGUGCAUGAUCUACAUGUACAUAUAGACGUCUACAUGUAUACAUUAUAGCCAAGAUGGGAUUGUUAGAAGAGUGAUAGUCACUUUACACACAACAUAUGCAGUCAAGGAUAUAUGCACUGGUUGUUUACUCUAACUAUUAAAGUUACAUCAUCAUAGGAAGAAUUUAUGUUUGGCUUCAUUAAUAGUGAGAGUGUGAGUUCUAUAAAGAUAUAUGAAAUGACUUUUAGGAUACUGUUUCAAAUCAGUGUGCUACUAUUGACACUACAGAGAGGGACAUCAACAGAUAGUUGUCUCCCUGAAGAUUUGGAUAAAAUAAGACUGACUGGUCCAAGAAACAUAAAAAAUGAGGGAGCUGUUCAAUUGUGUGUCCGUGGUAUUAAUGGUCAAAGAAAUGAAUAUCUCUGGCACUACAUUCAGGAUGAUAGCUGGACAAAUAAUCUCGAAGCAGCAAACUUAGCUUGUAGAGAACUAGGUCUGAGUUACACUGGUAUCAUAGCGAGCACAGUCGAGCUAACAGAAGAUGCUGAGACUUUAAGAGAAAAUAUUGAUUGUAGUAAUGGUGAAACGAAUUUAAGAGACUGUUUACCUCGUAUGUUAGACACAGGCGGCAGGCGUGAAGUUGCUGGACUGACUUGCAACUGCAUAGAAGGAUCCCUAAGAUUGGUAGAUGGCUCCAGCUACAAUGAAGGACGAGUGGAGGUGUGCUCCAAUGGUCGCUGGGGUACAGUGUGUGGUGAUAGAUGGACAGAGAGAGAAGCUGGUCUAGUGUGCAGUAGACUGGGAUUUUCAACUCUAAACGCCACAAUCAGCAACUUCGGAGAGGGUAGUGGUCCAUUGUACAAUAUUACCUGUCCAAGUACGGGAAGUGAUAAACAGGAAUGUAUACCCAUAAUAACAUCUGCUUUAUCAAGAUGCAACCACUCAAUGGAUGUUGGAGUGAGGUGUCUGAGCUAUGAAGAUGCAUAUGUAGCAGCAGCCAAGGAAACAAUGACAAUGCAAACAACAACAGCCACUUCAUGUGAUGCUUUAGGAGCAUUAGUAGGUCUGCUUGUAGUUGUCCUAAUGGCUGUUGUGGCUGGGUGGAUUUUGGCUUCUGUUUACUUCCAGAGGAAAAUAAACAAGCGAGUUAUAGUGCAAAUUGACAUGUACAUGCAACUUUAAUAAACUGACCUUUAAAAUGAUGACACAUUGUGUAUAGAUUAAAGCAAGCUAUAGUCCUCAUAUAAAAUCAAAUUCUCAGGAAAUGCAAAGGCCACACCCACACAACGUCUGUCUCUACAAGUGACCCCACCCACACAACGUCUGUCUCUACGAUUGAACCCACCCUCCAAAUUGACAAUCUAGUGUACGACGGUAGCACCUCUGUCCCACAAACCACAUACAGUUCUCAUGGACCAUCCUAUGAGGUCAUUCAAAAUAAGGAGGGGGCAGCUAACAACUAUGAUGUCAUCAGUGGUAAGAAUGCAAUUAUGCCACACCCACAUACCACACCACCUGUGUCCAACGAGGAGUACAGUACGCUAGACACAAUCAGAGAGAAUGAUUAUCACACACUAGAGAGCAAUACUGGAGAUGUUCAAUAUUCAACGAUUGGACAAGGCAACCCCCAGAAUGACGGACCUGACCCCCGAGAUUACGAGGUGCCUGCCCACCAAAAUGGUGUGGAAGAGUACUCCACGCUGAAGCAUUAAAUGAGGGAGAGUAUAACCUACGUAUACAUACUGACUUAAAGACUUACUAUCUUUAUUAUAAUUAUACCCUAUUUACUUGAUUAAACGCCCAUGGUAAAAGCUCUGUCUCGAGACUUAUACUUGUGGCCUGUUAUAUUAUUUUUAUUGACAACAACAA